UUAAUGCACUCUGCGAUAAGUUUAGCGCAUUGAAGCGAAUGCAUUUGAAAUCUCACUUGUGCCACUAAAUGAAGCCAAUCAGUUUUCUUGCAAUUCUGUCACUGUUCCAAAAUAUGGAAAUUCGGGGCUUUGUACAGAUAUCGCAUAACUUUUCGACUUAUCUUGGUGACUUACAACCGUUUGCUAUGUCUAGCAAUUGCUCGCAGCAGUUGAAACAAUACAUAACCGAUCUUACGCAGGGCAAACCAUGGGCGUUGAGGAUGUUAGAUGCGCAUGGAAAAAUUCCGUCUGGUAUUUUGGAUGGAAACUUUUUCGAACUGGGGUCGUUCGACGAAUGUAUCAACAUCGACGAAGGCCAUUUGCUUGCUGGCAAAUAUUGCAUCGGGAAAUUUGCGCUUUCUGAUACUUCAAAAAUCAGUAUUGGUAUUUGUAUACCAAGCGGAUGUACAGCAACUGACGUUAGUGGCCUGUAUAACAGAAGUGGAAUAUCAAUAUCGGAAAGCUCAUGUCAAACAAAAGAAAGUUUUCCUCGGUUGGAUGUUGCAGCUACCAUUGUCUUGAUUUUUCUUGUAGCGUGGCUCUGUUGCAUGGUGCUGAGCACCGCUUACGUUAUGACAGUUCAGCGCUUGGGGAAAGCACCCCCUCAUUGGCUGCUUGAUACAUUUUCCUUCUACACGAACGCAAAGAAGCUUUUUACUACAACCAGGAGUGAAGAUGAGAUUUCGUGUUUGCACGGCAUUCGAGUACUUAGCAUGAUGUGGAUUAUAAUGGCACACUACUGCCUAGCAUACACUCAUCUCCCGAUUCGUAAUAUGAGUUUCAUUUUAAAAUUCUUCAACACUAACAUGAGUAUGUUCAUCAUCGGCGCCCAUAACGCAGUUGAUACGUUCUUCUUCAUAAGCGGACUGACUUUGUCGUAUGUUUUCAUGAUAUACUCUAGAAGAGGAGCUAAAUUCAACGUCUUCAUAUUCUACGUUCGUAGAUACAUAAGAUUAACGCCGGCUAUGGGGGUGGUAAUCCUUUUGUAUGCAUUUUUAUUGAAAUACAUGGGAUCUGGUCCAUUGUGGCCCGCUACGAUUGAAAAACUGGUUUCUGGGUGUAGAAAAAAUUGGUGGAAAGCUUUAUUAUACAUCCAAAAUUAUGACUCUAUGAGCGACAUGUGUAUUAACCCGACAUGGUUUCUGAGCGUAGAUACCCAACUCUACUUACUAUCACCUCUUCUCCUUCUCCCAUUACUGAAAUGGCCCAAUCGAACACUAUUCGCAACGGGAGCUCUAACACUUUGCAGUAUCGUCACAAGUUUCGUGUUAACGUGGACUCUCAAGCUGCACGAACCAGUAUUUGGGGAGAAAUUUAUGAGAUACUACUAUUUAGCCACUUAUAGCAGGGCAGCUCCAUGGCUUCUGGGAUUUAUGUUAGGUUACCUGCUCCAAGAGUUUAAAAGAGAAGGGUCGAGGAUCGUUAUGAAUAAGAUGUGCGUUCUAGUUUUUUGGAUUGCGUCUAUUGCCAUUCUAGUCACUUGUGUUCUUCUGGAGUAUGAGGUGUUUGUAGCCAAUAGGGCUUCUUUGCUGGGAAAUGCGUUCAACAAUGCCCUCCAACGAUCUGCAUGGGCAGUUUGCGUUGGAUGGGUCAUUUAUGCUUGCCACUUCGGAUAUGGGGGAGUAAUCAAUUCGUUCCUAUCGAGUGCAACAUUCAAAGUACUCUCCAGAUUAACGUAUACAGCCUACAUUUCGCACAUUCUGAUACAAACUACAACGACAGAACAAUACCAGAUGAAUGCUGCUAUAGGUUACUCUUUUAUGCUGGAAUCAGUGUGGAUCAAUUUUGUGAUGACUUUCUUCUCAUCUCUUUUACUAACGCUCGCAUGCGAAUCACCACUCAUUUCAAUGGAGAAACGACUCUUAAGGAAGCCUACUAAAGUGCGUAAUGGGGAAAUCAAUUAGCUUGGAGAAAACCAUACGCGACGAACUCGCCAUUUUGUAAUAAGCCUUACCUUAAUUAUUUUAUAUAAUUUAUAGACAAUAAACAGAUUCUUUCA